AAACCAGCGGGUCAGCCGCUGGCGCCGCAGGUGCGGUGCAAGGAAGGGGCCGCGUGUGGCGCAGUGUCGCGCGCUUUCGCUUCGCAGUCGUUGCCUAGUCUGACGAGAGAGAAAAUAGGCCCAGGAGUGGGAGGAGUGCCCAGAAAUAGUGCGGUCCGGGCUCCCUGGAGGAGGAGCCCAGAGCGAAGGAGGAGGAGAAGGAGGAGGCGGGCAGCUCGGAGCGCGACGCGGCGUCGCAUAAGAGCAGAGCCGCCGGCAGCCGGUCCGCCGGGCUGCCAGGAGCUCUGGCAGCGGCCUCAUGGAGGAGAAGCGGAUUCUGUGCGUGGGGCUGGUGGUGCUGGACGUGAUCAGCGUGGUGGACCAGUACCCGGAGGAGGACACGGACCGCAGGUGCCUGUCCCAGCGAUGGCAGCGUGGUGGCAACGCGUCCAACUCCUGCACCGUCCUCUCGCUGCUUGGAGCCCCCUGUGCCUUCAUGGGCUCCCUGGGCCCUGGCCACGUUGCUGAUUUUGUCCUGGACGACCUCCGCCGCUAUUCCGUGGACCUACGCUACUUGGUCUUUCAGACCGUGGGCUCCAUCCCCGUCUCCACAGUCAUCAUCAGCGAGGCCACUGGUAGCCGCACCAUCCUCCACGCCUACAGCUUCCUGGUGGCUGACUUCAGGCGGCGGGGCGUGGAUGUGUCUCAGGUGUCCUGGCAGAGCAAGGGGGACACCCCUUGCUCCUGCUGCAUCGUCAACAUCUCCAAUGGCUCCCGUACCAUUGUGCUCUACGACACGAACCUACCAGAUGUGUCUGCUAAGGACUUUGAGAAGGUUGAUCUGGCCCGGUUCAAGUGGAUCCACAUUGAGGGCCGGAAUGCAUCAGAGCAGGUGAAGAUGCUGCAGCGUAUAGAGCAGCACAAUGCCAAGCUGCCCCUGGAGCAGCAGAUCCGGGUGUCUGUGGAGAUAGAGAAGCCCCGAAAGGAGCUGUUCCAGCUGUUCAGCUAUGGAGAGGUGCCUCUCUCCCACUGCCCACAGGUGUUUGUUAGCAAAGACGUGGCCAAGCACUUGGGCUUCCAGUCAGCAGCGGAAGCCCUGAGGGGCUUGUAUGGUCGUGUGAGGAAGGGGGCUACCCUUAUCUGUGCCUGGGCUGAGGAGGGCGCUGACGCCCUGGGCCCGGAUGGGCAGCUGCUCCACUCGGACGCCUUCUCGCCGCCCCGGGUGGUGGACACUCUGGGCGCCGGAGACACCUUCAAUGCCUCUGUCAUCUUCAGCCUCUCCCGGGGGAACAGUGUGCAGGAGGCGCUGAGGUUUGGUUGCCAGGUGGCUGGCAAGAAGUGUGGCUUGCAGGGCUUCGAUGGCAUCGUGUGAGAGCUGUGUCGCAGGAGGCGCCGUGCUCACCGUCCCUGCUGGAGGUUGGCAUCACAGGCUGCCGCCACCUCUCCCCUCCAUCCGGGCUGGCGUCCGGGCUGCCCUGCUCCCUGGGCAGAUGCUGGCUGUGGGAAGGACUCUGUGCAUAUCCUGUGUCCUUUAUCUGUAUCCUCACUGCUGCAGCUGCAGAGCCUCAAAGCAAAUAAAUCUCCUUCCCCAAACCA